AUGGCGCAAUCCGACGACAGCCCCCUGGAUGAGAAUCAGGAAACUGAGAGAAUCCAACCCAUUCACUGCGACUCGAAGAAUCUUCCCACAUGCCCCAUAAGCUGCCAAAGAAGCGCGUCACAGGAUGAGGUAGAUCCCGAGCAGAGACUCCCGCUGGGUAAAGCCAUCAAGCUGUACCCGAAGGUUGCUCGAUGGUGCCUGGUCAUGACUCUUGCCAUCAUCAGCUGGGGCUACCAACUCGUCAUCGUGGGCGCUAUCGUCAGCGUGGACGCGUUCAAACGAGACUACGGCGAAACAUUCGAAAGGCGGCAAAUCAUUCCCUCCAUGUGGUUGUCCAUGUGGUUUGGCUUGCCGCCAGCAGGGACAGCAUGCGGUGCCAUGGCUGCUGGAUGGCUGGGUGAUCGUUUCGGGCGCAAAUGGACGCUUUUCACUGGCAGUGUUGUUUCUGCCGGGGCAGUCGUCAUCAUCUUCUUUUCGCACGUGGGCGGCGGUGCUGUGACGAAGAGGGCCAUGUUCACUGGUGGCAUUACCAUACAGGGCUUUGCCGUCGGUCUGAUCAAGACGACUUGCCUCACGUAUGUAUCCGAGAACGCGCCUACCUCCAUCCGCGGCUCUGCCAUGGCUCUCUUCCCAACAUUCACUCUCGUGGGCCAGUUGAUCGGAUUUGUGGUGACGUAUGUGACCAACGGUGUCCCGGGUCGGCGUGGCUAUCUGGGUGCGUUGGGCUCGCAAGGCGUCCUGGCUCUCGCGCCCUUCAUCAUCUCCUUGACCAUGCAUGAAUCGCCUGCGUGGCUGCUGCGCAAGGGCAAAACCGAUCGGGCCUUGAGGAGCGCAACAAAGCUCUUUGCGCCAAAGAUCAACCCAUCUCUGGUCCUGAAAGGCUACCGCGACACGCUGGAAGAGGAGCGAGCCACAAAAGGAGGCUCCACCUUCAUCGCCUGCUUCAAGGACACCAACAUUCGACGAACAUUCAUCACCAUCCUUGCCAACGUCUUCCCAGCUUUGUUCGGGCUCGAUCUCCUCUCGAAUGCGAACACAUUUCUCGAGACCGUGGGGCUCGAUUCCAGCACCGCGCUCCUUAUGAUGAUCGCGGGGGUAGUGGCUGGCAUCGGAGGCAAUGCGGUUGGUAUCUGGACGCUGUCAAGAGUCGGACGCAGACAGUCCACAUUCUGGACGAUGGGCGUGGCUGCUGCGUUCUGGUGCGGUGUUGGCGUGUGCGGCUUUUUCAGGGGCAAAUUGACCAUCGCACCCUACUUUGUUGCUGGCUUCAUGGUUGCGACGAUUGUCGUCUGUGGUAUGGGUUGCUGGCCUGCCGGGUAUGCGAUCCUCGGCGAAACGCCAUCUCUGCGCCUCCGGGCCAAGACGCAGGGUAUAGGGAACGUGUCUGCGCAGGCGAGCUCAAUUAUCAUGGCGGCGUCGUUGCCAUAUCUAUAUCAGGUGGAUGCUGCGGACCUUGGAGCCUUCACGGGGUUCGUUUACUGCGGAUUGUGCAUAACUGGGGUGGCUGUGGGGUUCUUCUGCCUCCCAGAGAUGAAGGGGCGCAGUGGCAUCGAGAUUGAUCGCAUGUUUGAAUUAAGGCUUCCCACCCGGAAGUUCAGGGAAUGGCGAGGGGCUCCAGGUAGACCUGAUGGAUGUGAGGACGGCAUACUGAGGUGA